CCGUUCGUUCUGUCAGUUGUCAUUUGGAAGUGGAAGAGAACGGUUUGAAAAUCGCAUCCCUCAAAGUGUCCGUGGCCCCGUGUUGAUCCUGGUUCGCGAAUCCUGUGUAUGGUGGAGAGAAAGAAGCAGCGGCAGCAGCAGCAGUCCAUCACAUCCAAGUAGGCUCCUCUCUCUUGACGUCAUCUGGCGGUUCCGCGGCCGUCGCGAUCCGGAUUCAGGCGGACCUCCCACCACCCGGGCCGACGGUCGGGUUUGGCGGUGGUGGCCACUUCUAGUUCCAGAGGCUCUCCUCUAGGAAUCAACAAGUUUCGUUAGCGAUACACGUGCUGCUCCGUGCCGCGCCGCUGUGGCGACCAAUCUAGGGCAAAUGACCCUACAGCUUCCGUCGUCACCGCCGCCGCCACCACUGCUAGAACCGCCAUUGCGUGCCUUGUCCGGUCGUGACCGUUAGUUCCACACGAGUGUGACCACUGCCUGAAAAGAAAGAAGAGAAAGAGAGAGCGAGAGAGAGAGAGACCACCGGCCCAGGAUGACGAUCAUCCUGUUCCUGGUGGACACGUCGGCGUCCAUGUGCCAGAAGGCGCACGUCAACGGCGUCCAGAAGAGCUACCUGGACAUUGCCAAAGGGGCGGUCGAGACGUUCCUCAAGUACCGCCAGCGGUCGCAGGACUGCAUGGGCGACCGGUACAUGCUGCUGACGUUCGAGGACCCACCGAACAACGUCAAGGCCGGCUGGAAGGAGAACCACGCGACGUUCAUGAACGAGCUGAAGAACCUGGCGAGCAACGGGCUCACGUCGAUGGGCGAGGCCCUGAAGAACGCGUUCGACCUGCUCAACCUGAACCGGAUGCAGAGCGGUAUCGACACGUACGGCCAGGGCCGGUGUCCGUUCUACCUGGAGCCGUCGGUGAUCAUCGUGCUGACGGACGGCGGGAAGUACUCGUUCCGGAACGGGGUCCACCAGGAGAUUAUACUGCCGUUGCAUGCGCAGAUCCCGGGCACCAAGCUGACGAAGGAGCCGUUCCGGUGGGACCAGCGGCUGUUUUCGCUGGUGCUGCGGAUGAGCGGGAACCGGGCGGACGAGCGCGUCGACGGGAAGGUGCCGCACGACGAUUCCAUGAUCGAGAAGAUGUGCGAGGUGACGGGCGGUCGGUCGUACAAGAUCCGCUCGCAGUACGUGCUCAACCAGUGCAUCGAGAGCCUCGUGCAGAAGGUCCAGCCCGGCGUGGUGAUCCACUUUGACCAGCUGCUGACGACGAACGCCACGAACGGGGAGGGCGGUGGCGGAGCGGACCUGCAGUUUCAGUCGAUAAAGCGGAUGAUUUACGUGCAGAAGCACCCCCAGCAGAAGACGUUCCCGGUGGGGUUUUGGCCCAUCCCGGAGCCGUACUGGCCGGACCCCAAGUCGAGUAGUCUGCCGCCGCGGGACGCGCAUCCGAAGAUCAAGAUCAUUACGCCGUGCUGCGACGAGCCGGUGAUGCUGCGGAACUUUCCGAUCGACAAGUACGAGCUGGAGCCGAGCCCGCUGACGUUGCAGAUCCUUUCGAAGAAGGAGACGAACAAGGUGUGGCCGCUGAUCGUGUCGAGCGGGAUGCAUGGGAUCGAGAUGCCUUUUGGGUUUUUGAAGCCGAGCAGUACGAUGACGGUGGUGAAUCUGUACGUGUUGCCGUACAACUAUCAGACGUUUUUGCCGCUGAUCAACGACUUGUUCCACAAGUACAAUCUGAAUCCGCCGAACGAUUGGAUCUACAAGUUUAGCAAUUACGUGAAGGCCAUUCCGCAGUACUAUUGUCCGUUUUUGAGGCGAGCGCUGGCGACGACGCCGAACGUUCCGUACCAGCUGGUGCAGUACAUCCUGCCGGAGAACCUGGACAGCUAUCUGAGCCCGGCGGUGGCGAACUAUCUGAAGCAGAUGAAGAACACGGCGAAGCAGGAUCAGGAGAACCUCUGCCUGAGGGUGUUCAAGCAGUUGAAGCAGCCAAAGCCGGGCUACCAUCAGCUGGAGACGGUCAAGCUGAAUCCGGGAAUGCCGCUGAAGCGGGACUUGAUAUCGCACCCGAUGCUGAAGGACGCGUUCAACAAGGUUCACGCGGAUAUCGCUAGUUUUGACAAUUAUACGAUCGUCGUGCCGACGGUGAUGAGGCCGGCUGCGACGAAGAAUUACCGUAAUCCGUUCGACAUCCCCCGGAGGGAUCUGAUCGACGAGAUUGCCCGGAUGAGGGAGAACUUCUUCCGGCUGCCCACGAGCGGCAUCACGCUGUACACCAAGGACAGUGGCCACUGUCUGCCGAUCGCGGACAUGGGCAACUACCAGGAGUAUCUGAAGAACAAGGAGACGCCGCUGCGGGAGCUGGAACCGACGAACGUGCGGCAGCACAUGUUUGGCAAUCCGUACAAAAAGGACAAGAACAUGGUCAUGGUGGACGAAGCGGACCUGAACGAGGUAGCCCCCAUGAAGGGAGGUCGAGGAGGUGGGGGAAGUGAAGCGGCAGCCCUCAAGAAUCGGAUGGCCGAUCCGAACGCAAGACUGAGCCGGAAGCGCAAGGCGGGACCAAUUAGGAAGGAUUACACGUUUAAGCGUAAGUGUUUUGGUUUGUUGGGGUCUUCGACGUCCGCUUCGUCUUCGUCGUCGUCGAGUAGUGUGACGUCGGAGACGUCGGCAUCGCUGUCGGAUUUCGCCGCAUCGGACAGUGAGUGUGACAGUGCUUCCGUGAUUAGCAGUUCCGCAGAGUCGGAGCUGGACGAUGAUCCGGACGACCGGCUCGUGGUGGACUUUGAGUUCCCGAGCGAUCGCGACGAAGACGCCGGUGCGGUUCUAACGCCCCACGUGCGCCAGUUUAUCGAAGGACCAGACGAGGGCGGAACGCCACCGGAAGUGCCGAUCGCGGUAGAACCGACCCUGCCCUUCCAUCACCACCACCAUCAUCAUCCGCAUCACCUGCCACCUCCACAACAGCAACAACAAACGCUGCCGAUGCCGCCACCACCACAUCACCACGUUCCGACGGUGGUCCCGAUUGUGGCCGCAGCCGCUCCACUCCCCGUCAACCCGAUCCUCGGCCCCAGCGGAAGUGCAAGCAGCACCGCCAGCAGCAGCUUAGCGACCGCCACCACCAACGACAUGACGUCGGAGAUCUCCAACAUUCUCAAGACCUGCCAUAACGGAGCAAACAGCUAUGCCAGCAGCCAAGAGGAACCGCCUCCCGUGACGCCCCCGGAACCGGACCCCCCAGUCACCAAACCCUCGAAAAAGCAGCUCAAAAAGUCCGAGCCCGAACGGACGUUGCUCAACGGUGGCGAUCACUUCGCUCCACCACCAACCCCACAAGCCCCCUCCACCAGUAAAAAGUCCACCUCCGCACCACCCCCCACCAAACCGGCGGAACUGUCCGAGGAGGAGCGGGACCGCAUCCGGGAGGAAAACUACGCCGUCCGGGCGAUCGUCUUCAAGGACAUCCGACGGCCAGGGCGAAACUACUCCGGCCUGCUGGAACAUCUCACCCAGGUCCAGGGCGACCUCGCCACGCGGUCCACCUUCGUCGAGAUGUGUGUCCGGGAGGCGUUGCGCUUCCGCCGGCGGAAGAUGGCCGACUCGAUCGAGGAGUGGUGGGACGGCCAGCUGGAGGCGCAAAAGCAGCAGGACGAAAAGGAGGCGGCGGCGGCGGUGGCGGCCAAGCAGCAGCAGCAGCAGAAUUCCUUCCUCAGCUUUAACCAUCAGGGUAGCAGGAGCAGGACGUCCCACUACGGCGUGGCGGGUCCCAGCGGCAGCAGUAGACAGUUUCCUCACCAGCCGCAUCCGCCCAACAAGCAGCAGCCGGGCGGAAGCAAAGCACAUUCGAAUCAUCAAAGUCGGAUAUGAGCGUAACGUAAUUUUCCUUCUUUAGUCCACUUUUAGGUGAGGUCUUAAGAUUAAAACAAGUAUAAAUUGUUGUUCCGAUUAUAACAGAAAAAACAAAAAAGUGUAGGUUAAAUUGAGGAAUAAACCGUGUUUUUUGCUGUAAAUCAAAUUUAUUACCGAUUAUAUUUGCGCGUUAGUUGAGUGAGGCGAGCUAGAAUCCCCAAUUGUGAGCCCGAUUAUAGAUUUUUCUUUUUUGCCUCUGUUUUUGAUUUUUUCCCCCUUUUUAAAAUGAUUUAUACCGAGAAUGUGUGAACGCGAAAGGCUAAUGAAAAAAAGAUUAGGAACGUGAAAGAGAGUUUAAAAUCAAAUGUUUACAGCUCUAAGUGAAGCACGAAACGUGAGAGAAAAGGAAACAAAAGCUAGUUCGGUAAGAGGAUUCGUGUAAAUAGUUAAAUGUUAAAUAAAUUGAUAUAUGAUAAGUAUGAAAAAA